AUGGACGCUUACUCCAGCUACAACCAGAUCAUGAUGCAUGAAUACGACAAGGCAGAGACCUCUUUCAUCAUCGAAAGAGGUACCUACUGCUACAAGGUCAUGCCUUUUGGGCUGAAGAACGCCGGGGCAACCUACCAAAGGCUGGUGAAUAAAAUGUUCAAGGAGCAAAUCGGCAAGACUAUGGAGGUCUACGUAGACGACAUGCUAGUCAAAGCUCCCGAACGAGCAGACCACAUCGAGAAUCUUGCCGAGGCAUUUAGCCUACUCUGA